AUGGGAGAUGAGGAUUACACAACAAUGCUAUGUGUAGACUCUGGUGCUAUAGAAACUCCGAUACUGUUGAAACCAUGUGAAGCGUGGAGAGGCAGGCAAGAACUCUCUAUCGUCUCUUCAAGCUACUGCAGUGGUCAGCUUGAUCCACGUAAGUUCAUAAACACGUUACUAAAACCAUGGAAACUAACUCUUGGCAGGACUUGGAUUGUGGAUGGUCCAUGGAUUGUGGAGAAUGUAAAGAAUGUGUCUAUGUCAUCAGAUCUUCAGAUUGAAGACUGCGGAGCAUAUAUAAACUGUCCCAACUGCGGUCACCGAAACGACAACAGAAAUGUACUGACUCCAUGGCCAGGCCUUCCUAAAGGUGUGAAGUUCGAGCCGACCGAUGAGGAAGUGAUCGAGCAUUUGCAAGCCAAAUGUGGGAUUGAUGGUUUAAAACCAAAUCAUUUUAUUCAAGAAUUUAUCUUUUCUGUGGAGGAUAUCAAUUACAUUCACCCUGAAAAUCUUCCAGGUAACUAGGAUGGAACUAGCACAUUCUUCUUUAACAAGACGGUGCAUGCAUCCAAGGGGGAAAGAAAGAGGAGAAGCAUCACACCGUCUGGUCUGAAGGACGCAUCCUUACGUUGGCGCAAGACCGGUAAAACCAAACCCGUGAUGAUUAAUGGAGUCCAGAAGGGUUGCAAAAAGUUCAUGGUGCUCUACAAGAGCGCCAAGAAAGGAUCAAAACCUGAGAAUUCGAAAUGGGUUAUGCACCAGUAUCACUUGGGAAGAGAAGAAGCGGAGACUGGUGAAUACGUCGUUUCUAAGAUCAUGUAUCAGCAACAACAACAGGGACUGGAGAACACUCAAGAAGCUUCAUCGUCCCUUGUGGAGAAGAACCCUAAUUAUUGGGAUUUCGACAUGAGUUAUGGAAACUGCAUGGUUUCAGAUUUGGAGGAUGCUGAUUUAGGGUCUCUCCCUGAUAUUCCUUCCUUUGCUUCUGAGGACAGCAUAAUGAAUUGCCUUGAAUGGAUCUGAGGUAAGGAUUCUAAGAUGUUGAUAUAUUAAAGGAAUAAGAAGGGAAGGCAAAAAGCAGAGGAAUGUAAAUAGAUAAGCAACCAGUAAAGUGAGAGUUCUAUCGCCCCAUUGUCUUCUGUUUCUGUCACUAGGCGCGACACCAAGAACUUUUGUCUCGGACAGUACACAGUUUCAUGGGCUUCAGAUCUCCAACGGCCGUGUUUUUUUUUUCUCUCAUUUGCUUUGUUCCUUGUUCUUUGUUAAGUUCGUGUAAAGCAAGCCUCUACCGCAUGUUCUACCUAUGUCUAACCUCGGGUAUGUUAAUUUUGGAAAGCUCAACAACGUGUUGCUGUCC